AUGGCCUCGCCCUUCGCGCGCAGGGAGCUCUCUGAGACGCCGUGCGGGCCGUCGCCGAUCUCCAAGUCCAAGUCCAGGGUGUUCCAUCCGCUGUCGAUGGAGGUCCUCUCGGCCAGCAGGUCGGUCUCGAACCCGAAGUUUGCCGGCUUCACGCCGGCUGGGAUCGCGCCGCCCCGCAGGAACUGUAGCUCGGCCUCGAGCUUGGUCUUGCGGGCGCUGGUCUUCUGGAGGCUCUCGAUUUUGGCGGCCAGGGUCGUGCUGGCCUUCUUGAUGGAGGUCUUCAGGUGGGCCCUCAGCGCCAUCACGGACACCCUCUGCGCCCAGCAACUGUCGACUGCCGGAGCGCUGAGUCCCCAAAGGUUCUCCGCGGGGUGCCUGGUCCGCCGGCUGGACUUGCGCGGUCUGCACUGGGGCGCCGACCCGCAGGCCCGCGAGUGGAGCGCCUGGCCCUGGGCGGCGCCACGCCACCGAGCGCCUUUUGCACCCCGAGCGGGGGCCUGGACCUGCGCUUCGAGCGGCGCUUGCGG